AUGAGGAUCAGCAUCUUGAAUCCGCUCCAGCUUACCGACUCAAAGCACCACGGAGCAGACAAGAAGAAUGAGUCGGCCAUCAUCGGUGCUACCACGUCCCUAUUCUUCGCUGGUGGCUUCUUCGGAUCCUUCUUCAGCUUCUGGGUCGGGGACCGCUGGGGUCGGAAGAUCGUCAUUCUGGUAGGCGCACUGAUCGUCUGUGCCUCUGCUGCCCUAGCUGCUGGCUCGGUCAACAUUGGCAUGUUCAUCGUCUUCCGCUUUUGGACGGGUUGGGGCGCAAUCAUGUUGUCCAUCUCCGUCCCACUAUGGAUCCUGGAAACGGUGCCGCCUGAGGUUCGCGGUUCAUUUACCCAGUUUCAUGGAGUGGCUGUCGACCUUGGUCAGACUCUUGCGGGUUACGUAGGAGUGGGUUUCUUCUUACAUGUCUCCAAAUCAGGAACUGCGUGGCGCGGGCCACUGGCAAUUGGCAUUGUACCAUGCGUUCCCCUACUGGUGGCACUCUGGUGGCUCCCCGAAUCACCUCGCUUUCUCCUGAUGAAGGGACGCGACUCGGAGGCUCGCGAGAUUGUGCGCAAAUUCCACUCUAACGACAACGAGGCCGACGAACUCUUUAUCAACGCCGAGAUAUCUCAGAUGCAGACUCAGACGGAACUCAACAAGACUUUGUCUUCCUCAUGGGUCGAAAUGUUCCGGAGACCGUCGUACCGGAAACGAAGCUUGAUGGCCAUCUUCCUCACCUUCGCGCUUCAAGCCACGGGCGCCUCCGUUAUUGCUAUCUACUCCACCGUCCUCUACUCGCACCUGGGCUUUUCCUCCGAGAAACAGCUUCUUCUGCAGGCAGGGAUGCAGCUGACCAACCUGCCAUUCACCUUCAGCUGCGUGUUCUACACCGAGAAGUUCCGCCGUCCUACCCUCGUGGCCAUGGGUAUGAUGAUGCUUGCCAUUAUACUCUCCGCCUAUACCGGGCUGACGUCGACUUACAUUCACGUGAACAAUGCGUCGGGCAAAAUUGCUGCGGUGGCAAUGAUGUUCCUCUACGUGGCAACCUACUCUGGCACGGUCGAGGGGCCUUUCUACUAUUACAGCUCAGAGUUCUUCCCUACUCAUCUCCGCGCAAAGGGAAUGUCGCUACAAUCGUCGACGUUCAUGUGGACAAGUAUCCUCUGGGCGCAGUCAGGGGCAACGGCCAUCGCCGACAUCGGAUGGCGGUUCUUCCUGAUCUUCAUCAUCAUGACUGUCAUCUUCUCAGCCAUCAUCUAUUUCUACUACCCUGACACCCGCGGGAAGAGCUUGGAAGAGAUUGCGAUACUGUUUGGCGACGAAGAUCUGGCCACUCUCUCUCAGCAAGGAACUGAGAUUGCGGUCACGGUCCAGAAGAUUAUCGCGAAAGGAGACGAUCACGAACAGUCAAUUGUUGAAGAACACUGUGAGGAUAGGGAAGGGUGA